AUGAAUAAAGAAGUGUGUGAAAAGUUCGAGAAUCUAUGGGAUAAAUUUCCUGAUAAAUUGGACAGUAGUAAUAACUAUCAAUUUCAAACAGAAAACUUCUUAGAUGGUUAUUGUGGUAGUAAUAGUUGUGAUACUGAUUUCGAAAAAAUUAAUGGUGGAUGUUUAUAUCUUUUUAAUAAAAUAUUUGGGACUUCUGAAUUGUUUAAGUCUGUUGCAAAUAGUAACAUCAAUAUUGUUGAGUACAUUAUGAUAUGGUUAACUUAUAUGUUAAACCUAAAGAAUCAAGUAGGAAAUAAGACCAAUCCAAUAUUUUUUUAUGAAACAACUAUAAAUAAUGAUAAGUAUAAAAAUUCUAUACCUGAUGUUACAGAGUAUAAAAAUUAUAAGGAUCUUAUAGAUAAAAAAAAAUAUUUUUUGGAUAUGGAUAAAAAGAUUAUAUCUAAUUUUUAUGAAGCAUUUAAAUUAUUAUGUGAAAUGUAUAAUGAAUUUGAUGAUAAAACAUCAUAUUGCUCAAAGAGUUCGGAAAAAGCUAAUAAAUUUGUUAAAAAAUAUGAUGAACUUAAUAAAGAUCAUAGUAUUACUGGAAACAAUUCCUAUAAUCAACUAUUGUCUACUUUAUCAAAAGAUUAUGAUAAUUUUAAGAAUAAAUAUAAUAAUACUCAAUGUUCCAAAUCUUCACCUCUUCCAACGAUAGAAAAAACAAAAAUUUCUGCACAAAAAACUGUACAAAUUUCUGAAGAUACAUCAUCAAGUUCGUCGAUAACAACCAGAUUAUUUACAGUUUUAUCGAUAUUUGGUGCAAUAGCAUUUUUUUUAGGAAUUUCAUAUAAGUAUUCAUUAUUUGGAUUUCGGAAACGAUUUCAAAAACAAAAAUUAAGAGAAAAAAUAAAAAAUAUAAAAAAGAGAAUAAAUCAUUAA